CGCAUGUGAACUAGUAAUACUGUGCGCUGUAUGAAGAUUGUAGCGAUCAGAACAGGACCACCUUUGCAAUGGGGAAAGGACUUACCUGUAGUGGGUGUGUCCGAAAGUUGUGGUAGAAACAGGACAAAAGCAAUUAUUCCUGUGGUGUCUUUCGGGCAGGCUAAGACAACAACGAGACGAAAGCCGGACAGGUCUCAAGGAUCCCUGUUGCACUACUCCGAACAUGGCUAAGAAAAUUAAGGAAGCAGUUAUCGGGUUUGUACUGGGAGCAGUGGGAGGCUCGAUAAUGGGAGUCACAGAGGACCCUGUUGACCAGACCCUGAUGGUGAUGACGUCACCCAUCCGACUGAAACCACUGAUUGAAGAUAUCAAGACAGUGGGUGCUCUUGGACUAGGGACUCUUAUGGGAGCUACAGCACUGACCAUCGCCAUGACCUCAGUCGUAGCCGGUGUUGUCAUGGCAGCAGUGGUAGCUUCAGUGUUUGUCACCACAAGGAGUUGUGGAAUUCCUCACACAGACUAUGCAAGCUUGUGGGCAUCAGCAGGACUUGCCGGCACCCUUGGAUCCACACUCAGCGGUGCCACACUGGCAUUUUCUAUUGAAGUUAUAGUGAAUAAUUAUGGAAUGACAGGUCUUCUAUGUACACUGAUCUUUUUCAGCAUCCUUAAACCACCUCUACGCUUUGUAUUCCGGGUCCUCUGGAAGCAAGGAGAGGCUGCCUGUUGCACUCAAACGAUUUGGGAAGCAGAGAAAAAACAGCUAGAGAUUUCAGAGCUAGAACAGAGAGAUAGAGUGGCCGUGCAGAUAGAAGAUAAGAUCCUGACAAUAAAUAAUGGAAUGAACACCAGUGAGACAGAGGACAUGAUGACAUGGGCGACUGAGCGAAAGCUGAGAGAAGUGAUAGAGAGAAAGAAGAUGGAGACUGAGGAGGCAGAAAUCGAACAACGGACCCUCCAAGAAUGGAUCAACACUGUUAUGAUCAAAUAUGUGGACUUUUUGGCUUUUUCUAGCAUUCCAAUGACUGUGGUGGCUGUUGUAACAUCAGUUUUUGGUUUAUCUGGGUAUGGACGCCACCAGUCUGUGUUCAUUGCUCUUCUUGGUUUAGUAGCAAUCAUAGGCUAUUUGCUUCUGAGGUCAUCUGACUUUAAGUUCUGGAUGUUGGUAGGAUGCAUGGGAAUGCUCACAACAUUUAUCAUUGCCAUGCUCACCAUACAUGCCGGGCAGGCGGUUGUGCUAAAUGUUGUGAACCUGCAAGGGAAUGGGAAUAAUCCAAACAGGACUAGAAUCAAUGAUCGCAUGAAUGAGUACUCUGCACAAGAAGCUUUGAGCGCAGCCAUUUUUGCUGCAAAACUUUGCCAGCUAGGUUUGGGAGCCACAAUUGGGGGACCCCUUGUUAGGCAUGCAGCUGGAGGGGACAAAGUCAUAGUCGGUGCGGCGGUAUUGGCGGGAGGUCUGCUAGUAGCGGUGGAAAUUUUAUCCCCAGUACUUGGAAACGGGGGGAAAGCCGGGGCAUUGCUGGGGGUGGUGGGUGCUUCUGGGGUGUCUGUGGGUGCAGUGGCAGCCAUGGCCAGAAGGUGUUCUUCAUGGCCACGCACCUGGGGGGCUGUAGCAGGUGUCAUUAUUGGCGCUUUAGUCAUGGGUGAUUGGCAAAUUGUCAAGACUGGACUGCAAGUUAUUGUUGCUUCUGUCUUUGCUAUGACUAAUGCAUUCUAAAACAUGAUGGAAAUGGCCUUCUAAGGCUUGCACUUCACAAUGGUAACAUCAGUUUAAUAUUACUAUCAUGCUCAGUGGAGCACAAAAAAAUAGAGAGUGGACUUUUCCAAGGCCAAACAGUCCUUUCGUGGAACGACACCACUUCAUUGAAACACACCUCCCAAUACACACCUGCUGAUGAAAUAUCAUCAAGAACCAUGUACUAUUCACAGAACAGUCAAUCCACCUUUCCUGACGGCUGAUCCCUUUCACAAAGUUUGAUUAAAAAUCGCUUUAUUUGUAUUUCUUUUUUUUUCUUCUUUUGUUUACUCUUGUUACUAUCACUACCACCAUACUGGUGGUGAUGAAAACGAGCCUUUGACAAAACCUCAAUCAAGGUAUGUAUUUAUUUACCAUUGCAGAACAUUUAAAAAAAACUAAAAAUAUGUUUUGAUCUUUUUUAAUCAGGGGUUAAGGUUUUUGAAAUUCUUGGGUUUACAGCUUUUAUAAAUGCUGUUUAUUUUUCUCCAUGCUAUUUAUUUAUUUUUAGCACUUUUGUACUGUAUAUGAUGCAGCAUGAUAGGGUAGUAAGUGACGCAUUCUUCAAUUAAAACAGCUAUACAGUAAUCCCUCGCCAUUUUGCGCUUCAAAUUUUGCGGCUUCACUCCAUCGCAGUUUAAAAAAUACAUUAAUUAAUAAAUCACCACUGUUUUGUCAUUGAAUACAUCUGAUGAUUAGUCAAAAAUAUUAUUAUUAAGGCAAAUUUUAUGUAUUUUUUUCCCUAAAUUGAGCAUGUUCAAAUAUAAAAACCGCUAAAUGAACUAAAAUACAAAUAUAAGGCAUUCAGAAGACGCAUGCAAAGAUGUUGGCAGACUGUAUGGUGUAUGGUAUGUAGUAUUCUACACUCAAAGGUGUCAGUAAUAUUACACUGAUGAAACAGUAAGUACAGUACUGUUCAGAAACUGGAAUUUAAAAAAAGGAACAACUUUGUAAAGGUGACUAUAGGGGUGUUAGUUCAUGUCUAGAGGACUCUAAUGAUGUAAUAACAUCACAUUUUCAAGGUUUUCUAUGCUCCAAAUAUGAAAAUAUUCAUUUUAUAAAUAAGGAAUCCUACUUUGCGGGAAACAAUUAAGCCCCAUAAAUGAGGGGUUACUGUAUUCCAAAAAUUUCUGGAGUGUAAAAAUGAAAUCAAAGUGAAAUUUAUAGAAAGUUAUUAAAAGUACAUUUUAAAAAUAUGAGUCACUGAUUUUUUUAUUGAAAAAAAGGGCUUAUUCAAGUUGGAAUGUUGUGGGCCAAUGACUCUGUGUGAAGUGAAAUGAAAUGAAUGUGCAUGUAUCCUUAAAAACAUUGCUAAAGCUGUAAAGCAACACCAGCAUCGUCGGACUAUUUGGCCUCAGAAAGCAAGGGAAAACUAUCUCAUGGUAAAAAUAAACAAAUCAUUAAAUAAAUAAAUGAUAAUGAUAAUGAUUGGGCCCAAUACAAUAAGCAAUUAAUGAAUUAAGCUGUCAUCACAGCCAGAAGGCUUGAAAAAUUAGGGUUUAUUUGCAAUUUAUUUAUUUUCCAUUUAUUUACAAUGGAGACAAUUCCUUGUCUGUUUUCACGGUUGGAAUUUAAAGUGUAUUAGAUGAACCCUGAAAACAGUUGAGAAUGCGUGGUUCAGUGUUUCACCAUUGAAGGGCAGUGCAGGCUGAAAAGUGAAUUGACAUCCAGCAUUGGUCUUGCUUAUCUCUCUCUAAGACACAAUCAUUGAUGAGAAUGGCCCUUCAGAUCCAAGCCAUACAAGGUCAGGGCAGAGAUAAAUGCA